AAGGAACCGUUACUCUUUUUGCGGGCAAAGGUAUACCUAUUGGAAUUAGUAGUUUUGAUCAGAUUUUGAAUCGAGAUUUUACUUUACUCGACAAAACUCUCCUCAUCGCCGACUUUCUUGAAUGUAAUUCAGUUGUCUCUAUAAUUAUGCGUCCAAGACGGUUUGGAAAGACAACAAAUAUCUCCAUGCUCAGAAAUUUCUUUUCCAUUCCAACUAUCCCGACAAUAUGGACUACCGGCGUGAGUUGUUCAAGAACACUAAGGUGA